GGGAGCCGUUUCCAGCCGAGCCGGGCCGGGCGGCGGGAGCGGCGGCGCGUCGGUUCCCGCCGAGCGAUCCUGAAGGGGAGGCCGGUUUGCCCCGGGCGGCCGGGGGCGAGGGCGGUAUGGCCAGGGCGGUGAAAGUGCUGACGACCCUGAGGAAUCACUGGAAGAAAACCACGUUCGGGGUCUGCCUGCUGAGCUGGGGCGGGCACUGGCUCUAUGGGAAGCACUGUGAUAACCUGCUACGAAGAGCUGCUUGCCAAGAAGCCCAGGCUUUUGGCGAUGAGCUGAUCCCUUCCAGUAUGCCACUGAAGAAAGCAACAGUAUUCCUCAACCCAGCAGCUUGCAAAGGCAAAGCCAGGAACCUUUUUGAGAAGAAUGCUGCUCCAAUUUUGCAUUUAUCUGGCUUGGAUGUAACUAUUGUUAAGACUGAUUAUGAGGGACAAGCGAAAAAGCUGCUGGAAAUGAUGGAAAACACAGAUCUGAUCAUUAUUGCGGGAGGAGAUGGCACAGUACAAGAGGUCAUAACUGGACUUCUCCGCAGAGCAGAUGAGGCUGCCUUCAGUAAGAUUCCUAUAGGAUUCAUACCUCUUGGAAAGACCUGCACUCUGAGCCACACGCUCUACCCUGAGAGCACGAACCAAGUCCAACAUAUUACUAAUGCUACGUUGGCCAUUUUGAAGGGAGAGACAGUUCCACUUGAUGUCUUGCAGAUCAAGGGAGAGAAGGAACAGCCUGUGUUUGCAGUGACUGGUUUAAGAUGGGGAUCUUACAGAGAUGCAGGAGUUAAAGUUAGCAAGUACUGGUACCUUGGGCCUCUGAAAACCAAAGCAGCUCACUUUUUCAGUACGUUGAAGGAAUGGCCUCAGAAACGUCAAGCUGCUCUCAUGUAUCUGGGUCCAACUGAGAGACCUCCAGAAGAGCCAGAGGAGAAACCGUCCAGACCUCCUUUCUACAAGAGGCUUUGCAGACGACUUUGGUUAUACUUUUCACCUCCUCCAAAAGAAAUCCCCCAGGAGGUAACCCCAGAGGACUGGGAAGAACUGGAACUCUCCACCAUUGAGCUAUCCAUCACAACUCGGAACAGGCAGCUUGAUCUGACACGCACUGAAGACUUCAUGGAUAUUUGCAUUGAGGCAAAUACCGUCAGCAAAGGGCAGUUUGUAAACAGAGGGAGUCAAAAGAUGCGUGAUCCGCAUACGUGCCCUGAAGGGAGUCAGUGCAUCCAAGCCAGCAGAUGCAUCUUGCAACUUCCAGAGGGCACUGAGGGAUCCUUUGGCAUCGAUAAUGAGGAGCACGAAGCGAUGCCUGUGGAGGUGAAGCUACUGCCCCGGAAACUCCGGUUCUUCUGUGAUCCCAGAGUGAAGGAGCAGGUUCUCCCUGCAGUGGUACAAUGAGAAUUCCUGUCAAAAGGGCCAGUGUUUACCACUCUUAUCAGGGUCUUGACAAGGCACAUGAGACCUAACUGACUUGAUGAGCCCCACCAGACUAAUGUGCAAGGUACUUCCAUUUGAAGUGGCUGAUUUGGCUAGUCUCAAAGGGGGUUAAAAAUGCAAAUGAAAAUUCUGAGAAUUACUUGCUAACUUGAUGGCAUCUUUUUCUUUCCCCAAAGAAGUCAUCAGUGUUCCAUUUACAGCACUGCAGGCUGAGUGCUGUGUGCCAGAUGCUACUGCUUUACUGCAAUUGUAUAUUAAAUUAAAAUGAAAGCACACUUGUCUUGUUAUAAGAGUUUAGGUCUACUUUAUCUAUGUAUAAAUCUCACGAGACCUGGGAUCUUGGAAAAAAAUAUUUUGGGAGAAUAACGGAAGUCCAUGAAAUGUUGGAAUUGCCACAUUAAAACAGGUGGUUGGUUAUCUACUCUGUCACAAAAUAAAGUGCAGAUCAGUGAUACAAA